AACAUUGACAACACAAAGAGAAAUAAAACACAAAAAUAUUCACGAACAAAGUGAGGUAGACCAAAUCAGAGCAUACUUUGAUUAAAGUCAAAUAAAAUAUUGAAAAUAGCUUAAUAGUGUUAAAAUUAUUCAAACAAUUUGGAAAAUUAUUACGAUUGAAUAAAAUAAUCGAAAAAAUAAACAAGUUCAGAAAGGUAGACAAUUCAGAAAAAAUGGGGCGCAUAUUUUUGGAUCACAUUAAUGGCACGAAAUUGUAUUCGUGUGCUUCAUGCGAAACCAAUUUGACAAACAAAAGCGAACUAAUCAGUACACGGUUUACUGGCGCAACUGGUCGAGCACUGCUUUUCAAGCGUGUUGUCAACUUGACAUACACUCACAUUCAAGAUCGGGUCAUGUUGACUGGCCGUCAUAUGGUGCGCGAUGUCAUGUGUAAGAAUUGCAAAACAAAAUUGGGAUGGAUGUACGAAUUCGCAACCGAAGAAAGUCAAAAGUACAAGGAAGGACGUGUUAUUUUGGAGCAAGCUCUGAUCACCGAAUCCGAAGGUUUUCCAGAUCCAUAUUCGACACAACCGACACCAAACCAUCGAUACAGCAAUCAAAAUCAUUUUCAAGAUUGAAUAAUACGAUUUAAUGACGCCUCUACACGACAUGAUAAGACAAAAUUUCAUUAUGGCCAUACACGACCGAAUGAAUUUUGACGAUAUUUAACCAUUUUUUUCAACUUAUUAUUAUAUUUUAGGCUAUAAAUAGGGAAGAAUCACGCACAUUUACGAAUGUGCUCAUCGAUUCAUAUUAAUGAAUCCAUUGAAUUUUAAAUUGACCUUCUGUUGAUUGAUGUUCAUAAUAAACGGAUUACUAUCAUCUA